AUGCUGCCAGACGAUUACAGCCUUCCUCGGUAUCUUGAAGGCCAAUCUAGCAUAUCUGCCGCUCGACAACUGGUACGCAUCGGCGAUACUCUGGGUGGCGACACACUGGACCAGCGAGCCCUACAUGAUUCCAUAACCCUAAUUACGCGGCCUGGCGCAACAGGCCUGGCAUAUGUUGUUUUCACGUCAGGAUCGACAGGCAAACCCAAGGGUGUUAUGGUGGAGCACCGGGGAAUCGUCCGGCUAGUGAAGGAGAGCAAUGUUGUGCGCAUACUCCCAAAAGCACCCUCCGUGGCCCAUUUGUCAAACACCUCAUUCGAUGCGUCGGUGUGGGAGAUAUAUGCGGCACUGCUAAAUGGCGGGACUGUGGUCUGUAUUGACUAUGCCACCACUUUGGACAGCCAAGCUCUGGCCGCUGUAUUUUCUCGCGAACGGAUCUGUGCGACCAUGCUUCCACCCGCACUGCUGAAGCAAUACCUGGGUGAUAUACCUAAUUCCAUCAGCUCCCUCGAUGUCCUCUAUGUUGCCGGAGACCGGUUUCAUACUCGGGAUGCAAUAGAAGCGCAAAGGCUCCUUCCAGGUGGCGUCUAUAAUGCCUACGGUCCAACGGAGAACACGGUUCUCACUACGGUCUAUAAGCUAGUGGCUAAUGAGGAGUUCCUGCACGGAGUCCCGAUCGGUCAUGCAAUCAGCAACUCCGGAGCGUACAUCAUGGACCAGCGGCAACAGCUUGUCCCGCCCGGGGUGAUGGGAGAGUUGGUCGUCACAGGAGAUGGUCUCGCUCGAGGAUACACUGACCCGGCAUUGGACAAGGAUCGCUUUAUAGAUGUCAUCAUCGACGGCCAGGAAGUGAGGGCGUAUCGCACAGGGGAUCGUGCGCGCUAUCGGCCGAAGGAUUGUCAGAUAGAGUUCUUCGGGCGCAUGGACCGGCAGAUCAAAAUCCGCGGCCACCGGAUUGAGCUGGCGGAGGUGGAGCAUGCAAUCCUCGGCCAGGAGCUCCAAUAG